AUGUAUAGGGUGGCAAGGGCAUCCGAGUAUUUAGUCAUCACUGGAUCCGGGAUCGACGACAUCAAAAUCGCAAAGAAAUCAUGGGUAUUUCCAGGCCAAUCCUACUCCAUCUUCGACAUCUCUCCGGUGAACUACACGUUCGAAGUAAUGGCCAUGAGUGCCGAGAAACUCCCCUUCAUCCUCCCUGCUGUUUUCACUAUCGGUCCACGAGCUGAUGACCAAGAGAGUCUCCACAAAUAUGCCAGGCUCAUCUCCUCUCAUGAUAAGCAGUCGAACCACAUGAAUGAGCUCGUCAAGGGGGUCAUCGAGGGCGAGACACGUGUCCUCGCUGCCUCCAUGACCAUGGAACAGAUCUUCAAAGGAACCAAGGAGUUUAAGCAGGAGGUUUUCGAUAAGGUUCAGCUGGAAAUGAAUCAGUUCGGAUUAUGGAUCUACAAUGCGAACGUCAAACAACUUGUGGACGUUGCUGGACACGAGUAUUUCUCAUAUUUAGGACAAAAGACACAGAUGGAAGCAGCAAAUCAGGCGAAAAUCGAUGUCUCUGAGGCCAAGAUGAAGGGUGAAAUAGGAGCAAAGCUUCGAGAAGGACAAACACUGCAGAACGCGGCUAAGAUUGAUGCGGAAACAAAGAUCAUAUCGACGCAGAGACAAGGAGAGGGGAAGAAGGAAGAGGUAAAGGUGAGGACGGAGGUGAAGGUGUUCGAGAAUGAGAGGGAGGCCGAAGUGGCAGAAGCAAAUGCCGAGCUGGCCAUAAAGAAGGCAAAGUGUGCCAAGGAUGCACAGGUGGCCGAGGUGGAGGCAACCAAGGCGGUGGCGCUUAGGGAGGCCGAGCUGCAGAAGGAGGUUGAAAUCAUGAACGCGUUGACUCAGACCGAGAAACUUAAGGCCGAGUUCUUGAGUAAAGCUAGUGUUGAGUAUGAAACCAAGGUACAAGAGGCGAAUUGGGAACUUUACAGGAAACAAAAGGCGGCAGAAGCAAUUCUGUACGAGAAAGAAAAAGAAGCGGAGGCUCAAAAGGCUAUGGCCGAGGCGACGUUCUUUGCUCGUCAACAAGUUGCCGAUGGUGAACUAUACGCAAAACAAAAAGAGGCUGAAGGUCUUGUCGCCCUUGCACAGGCCCAAGGUACCUACAUAAGGACCCUUUUGGGUGCAUUGGGAGGUAACUAUGGAGCUUUGAGAGAUUAUCUAAUGAUCAAUGGUGGAAUGUAUCAAGAAAUUGCCAAGAUUAACGCGGAGGCGGUUAAGGGACUAAAACCAAAGAUUAGUAUUUGGACCGGUGCAAGUGGUGUUGGGGAGGAGGGUGAUGGUCAUAGUGGUGCUAUGAAGGAAGUCGCCGGGGUGUACAAGAUGUUACCGCCGUUGUUUAACACGGUUCAUGAACAAACUGGAAUGUUGCCGCCAACUUGGAUGGGCAAGAUCAAGGAUCCUGAUUGUUAA